ACUACUGUCAACUAAACAUCAAACUAAUACUAAACACAUCAAACCAUCAAUGAAAUAAUAUGUGACGUGUACGUACAGUUAAAAAUUUAAAUUUUAAUGUUGAACGUAUCGCCAUUAAAAUUAAACUUUAAAUUAAAGUGAAUCCGGAUAAUAAUUGCUCGGACUUAAGUGAUGCUCAAGUAUUAGGUUUUCAUUAAAAAAAACUUUUUAUUUGAACUCGUACAAGAGACUGUGUGUGGUGGAUGUGUACGUGUGAUAUUUGUGUUCUACAACAAUGACAACGAAUGCAGAGGAGUCGUCUAUGAUAAAGCCGCAUCAAAAUAUGAAUGGAAAAGGUAAGGUUAAGGAAUCGUCAUCAGCUGCUUUAAUGAAAAUCAAAACAUAUUUGCUGGCCCUACGACCAUGGUCAUUAUCGGCCAGUUUGGUGCCGACAAUUUUAGGAUCGGCUAUUGCAUACCGAUCGGUCGGCAUGAACGAAUUCAAUUUCGUUAUAUUUAUUUUGACAAUCUUCACCGUCAUCUGCGUACACGGAGCCGGAAAUGUAGUCAAUACUUACUAUGAUUUCGUCAAAGGCAUUGACAAUCGAAAAUCCGAUGAUCGGACGCUGGUCGACGACAUUCUAUCGAAAGACGAGGUCACGCAACUGGGAGCUAUUUUAUACGCAGCUGGAUGUGUUGGCUUCAUUCCUCUAUUCAUCUUAAGUCCAGCACGAAUGGAGCACCUUGCGUUCGUCUACUUUGGCGGAUUAUCAUCGAGCUUUCUGUACACCGGUGGCAUAGGUUUCAAGUACAUUGCCCUCGGCGAUGUAUUAGUGCUGGUCAUAUUCGGACCGAUUUCCGUUCUGUUUGCAUUUAUGUCACAGACCGGCCGACUGGAAUGGAUGACAAUCUACUAUGCCAUUCCGUUGGCACUGAACACGGAGGCUAUACUACACAGUAACAAUACUCGUGACGCUGAAAACGAUAAAAAGGCCGGCAUCGUCACGCUGGCUAUUUUGAUCGGCAGAACUGCAUCGCACGUCCUCUAUGCAAUACUGAUGUUUACGCCGUACAGCGUGUUUGUCGUUAUCAGUGUGAAGUAUUCGUAUUGGUUCUUUUUGCCACUAGUUACACUACCGCAGGCAUUCAAAAUUGAGAAACAAUUUCGCAGCGAAACGACACUGCAAAGUGUGCCGAAGAAGACAGCCAAAUUGAAUUUAUUUUUCGGCGCUUUAUAUGUUGUGGCGUGUUUUUGCGCCCCAAAUUUACCGUUCAUAGCGCAGAGGUAUUAGUGUGUGAUCGUAAUGAAAAAAACAAAAAAAACAAAUGAAAGAUGAAAAACACAAAACAAAUUGAAUGCUAGUAACCGAACGCAAUUUAUUAUUAUUUUUUCGCUUUAGUUUAUUUAUUUAUUUAUACACACAAAAGAAAGAACUCGAUUUUUGUUUUGCAUUAUCAUGUUACGUGCUUAUAUAUGUUGGCUAAAAACUUAACUUAACAAAAGAUACGAAUGAACUUUACUUAAUCGAAGA